AUGGCUACUACUAAAGAAUGGCCUUUGCAGGAUGUGAACAACGCUUUCGUUCACGGAUUUCUGGAGGAAGAUCUCUACAUGACCCCUCUAGAAGGCUAUCAUGUCGCCCCUGGCCUUCAUGCACCGUUGGGACCUUUGGUGUUGUUGGUGUAUGUUGACGAUAUACUUGUUACUGGUCCUUCCCUUCCUGAUAUACAGUUUGUAAAAGACUAUCUCCAUGUCUUGUUUACUAUUAAGGACAUUGGUGACGCUCAGUAUUUUUUGGGAUUGGAGAUUGCUCGAAGCUCAACUCGCUUAUAUGUAUCGCAGACUAAAUAUAUUGCUGACAUUAUAAAAGAUUCUGGUUUGGGUAAUGCAAAAUCUGCUUCUACCCCAUUGCCGCGAGGAUUGAAGUUGACUCCUACAUCUGGUGACUUAUUGUCUAAUCCUAGCUCGUAUAAGAGUUUGCUUUGCACAUUACUGCAAAUCCGGUGUUCCAGGAGUGAACAAAGCAUAUUGGAAUUGAUUGCCACAUCGUACGGGACACCUACAAGGAAGGUUUCAUUGUCCCUGUUCAUGUUCGUAGCUCUCUGCAGACUGCUGAUAUGUUCACUGAGCAACAAGAUACAACAGAUUUAUGAAGCUCAUACGAAUUCGAUGGCUUUCUCUGCAUAUUGCGUCCUUCGCACUCCUUCCUUUGAUACCUUCAACAAUGCCCACAUUCUAAAUGGACAGAAACCUAUGGAGCAUCGAAAAGAUGUGAAACCUGCCGAGGAUUCUCCCAAGCAUGGAGCAAUAUCUACAGAACUUUCAGAGCAUCAGGUUGGAGGGACAUAA